CAAAUGUCACAGGUGAUCAGUGUGUUAGAAUUAACAUUAAUGGUUGUUUAAUCUGCUUCUGAAGGACUGCAGAAAAAAAAGAUGAAGUCUCCGACAUGUAUUCGGAAAUAACUUCAACAAGGGCCUGUGUGAGACCUGUGUGAGACUAGGCCUAUGUGUAGACUCUCUGGGUUGCCCAUUAAACACAAAAAAGUCAAGUCGUAGCUAAAAAAAUGACACGUGGCAAAAUAAUACAAGGCGUGUAUAGCAUACCCAGCUGUCAUAGCGGCACUGCUGACCACACACACACACACACACACACACAGCCUUGUGUAGAGGAGGCGCGCGCUCCCAGAGAGCCAAUGUGGCUCCUCUACCGGGGAAAACACAUUCCAGGUAAAAACUCGCUUUAAAUUAAUAUUUUUUUUUAUUAGUUUUUAUUUUUAAUUUAAUUUUGUAAUGAUUUUGCACCGGCUUGUGCACGUGCUGUGUUAUGCAUGUAUGCAGACAGGUCAGAUCUUUAAUCCAACCGUGAUUCUCGGCUAGAACACUUCUCUUUGGUCAGGGAUUAGUGAUUAGAUUAGAUUACUCACACUCGUACCUUGGUGUUAAUUGUGCGCUUCAUGCAGAACGGGUUUGUUAAUUAUGUUCAUUUACUGCACUCUUUAAUUGGAUUGCACGCUUUUUGCCGAUCAGCACAGAGCCCCAGUCUGAAACUCGUGUCUGUACACGUCAAGUGUUGGUAAGCGAGGGCGUGUACGCGUGCGGAAAGCCGCUCAGCCAAUCAGCGCGCCGGACACGCCCAUUAUAGGCGGGUUGUUUACAGGUCGGUGUUAAACGCCCAGUAGAAAGCGGCUCGGGGAAAAGUGCGGAGGCUGAUCCGCGGACUCUGUGCACGGAGUCGGUCUGCGCGGACACCCUGAAACCGCCAGGUUACGUCACAUGUCGGACAACGCAUACAUCCAAAGAGAAUAAAGACGAUUUGUUUUCAGUUUUUUUUUUUUAAUUUACGCGUAUACACAGAUGGAGGUGUGAGUCUGAUCCGGUGUCUGAUCCGGUGUCUGAUCGGUUCUUCUCCCGAGCUCGUGCCUGAGUCCAUCAGAGGCUCACUGAGGGGGUGUGUUGCCCUAAAAAAAAAAAUAAAAAAAAAAAACAGUCUCGUGCAGUUUGCGAAGACCUAGUUGUCUCUUUUUAUAACACAAAAACCCCACGGAUUUAAUCCACGUGAAUUAUAUUUGCAGAUUUUUGGAGCGCCUGAGACUACUGUUUGGUCCGGCCCGUUAGGAGAGAGCGAGAGAGGGUAGGGCACAACAUGGCAGCUGUGAAGUCCCAGGCAGGACUCAGGGCCAUGCAUUCGGCAACAGGGCGAAAAAAGGGAGGCCUGGUCAGACAUUGUGUUCAAGAGAACGCAGACGUACGGAAAGACCGGCAGAACUCCAUCUUGCAGUCCUCUCCGGAUCUUGGGGAAGUGUGGUCUGCCAAUUCAGAGCGAUCAAACACCCUGUUUUUCUUACACUCUUCCAGUGACCUGCCGUACCGGAGUCCUGAAUCAGUAGAAAUGGAUGAGAUGAUGGCUGCGAUGGUCCUCACUAGUCUGGCCAGUAGGCCAGUGAUCCAGAGCCCCACACAGAGAGAUCCCCUAUCACAUGGCCCACUGGAUAUGGAGUGUGGUGGAGGGGAACUGUCGGACAGUGGCAGCAGCGGCUACUGGAGCUGGGAGCAUGGCAGUGUGAGUCCUGCUCCAUCGCCAUCCAUUACAGAGACAGACAGCAGCAUGGGACAACUGGCAGACGAGGGUCUGCACAUGGAGCUGGAGCUGGGAGCACGUAACGAGCCAGAGACCAGGCGGUGCAAGAUUUCGAGCAGGGGAGCGUAUAAGUGCUUGUGGCCUGGCUGCGGCAAAGUGCUGACGUCACGAGUUGCGAUGAAACGUCACAUUCGCAUUCUCCAUCUGGGUGGACCAGAGCAAUCUCAUAGAGAAGAAGAUUUUUAUUAUACCGAGGUUUCCUCAGUGGAAGAGGGACCGAUGUCUCCAUCUCCUUCUGUGUCAUUCACCAGUGGGCCCUGGUCCUCAUGCAGCUCCACUCUCAGCCAGCCCACUUCCAGAGAGGCCCCGUCCUCUUCCAGCACUCUCAGCCAGUCUGCCCCCAGCAGUGUGUGGCAGAUUCACACUGAGCAUCUCUACCAGGCUUGUGCCCCCGAUGAGGUGACCAUAUCCCCAGACUCUCCUUCCUCCUGUGACUGGACUUCAGCUGGACUCCAGCUCAGACCUCAGAUCAGCAUGUCACGAAGCCGUUCCGUCAGCGUGGGUGAGCAGUGGCUACAGCUGAACAGCGUUCCCACCAGAUCACAUACCAUGAGUGUAUCACCAUCCAGAGGCUACUGCUCCAUCCGGAAAGGUCGAGGCGAGGCCAAAAAGUGCCGCAAGGUGUAUGGUGUGGAGCGCAGGGAUCAGUGGUGCACCGCGUGUUGCUGGAAGAAAGCCUGUCAGCGCUUCCCUGAUUGAAAAAAAAAUACAACGUUUUGAGGCAAGCAAGAAUCUCCGUCUUUCCUUUCUUACAUUGGACUACUCCUGGCACUGUAGAGGAUGGUGGGAAUCCCUCUUUUUACCUUUUGUAUCUGUUUUCCAAAAGGAGUUGAAGUGUAUUUUUUAUGAUCUUUUUCUGUGACGCGAGUUCUGGUGAUAGCUGUGUGACGUGGUGUAGUCCUGAUCCCUCUGUCUUUCUUGUCAACCUAUAAAGCAAGAAUUUUUUUUUCCAUUCCCCUGCAGUUGUGCACUUCAAUCGCUCUUGAGAUUUUUCUCUUUUGGUAUAUAGUCAGUUUUGGUAUAUUUGUAUUAUGUUUUUUUUUUCUCUUGCUGUUUUUAUAGCCUGAAAUGUGUUUAAAAAUGUUGUUCAUUGUGUUUCUAUCUAUUAGGUUUUUCUUCAACAGUUUUUUGUGGUUGACUUAUGUCCAAGUAACAGCGUUUCCGAAUCAAGUAAUAAUAAUAAUAAUUAUUAUAAUGCAUUUUAUUUAUUUAAGGCGCCUUUCAAAUCACUCAAGAUCACCACACAUCAAGAACAAGAAGUAGCCAUAAUAACAAUGUCAGAGUAGUAAAUAAGAAUAAAUAACAAUGUCAAUAAAACCAUAAAAGAGGAGCGCGACAAUUACAAACAUGACAACCGUAAGAGUAAUAAAAACAAAAAGUGCUGGAUUUGAGUGCAGACAGUAAUCAUGAAGGCUAAGCUAUUCUGAAUAAGUGAGUUUGUUUGAUUUUAAAUUGGGAUAACGAGUCUGAAUUACAGAUGUUAACUGACCCUGUGUCCCAUGGUGGUUAGAUGAGCAGAGGGUGGUAUGGAGGAGACCCAAUGAAGAGGAUCGGACAGUUCGAGAAGGGCUGUAGGGCUGUAAGAGAUCUGCAACGUAAGGUAGAGCAAGGUGAUGAAGAGAUUUGUAAGUGAGGAGGAGAAUUUCGAAUUCAAUUUCGGAGUUUGUAGGGAGCCAGUGGUGCUGUUGAAGGGUUGGGGUAAUGUUGUAUAGAAGGUUAUGAUACGAGAAGCAGAACUCUGAAUCCGCUGGAGUUUAUUGAGAAGCUUGUGUGGCAAACCAGAUAAAAGAGAAUUACAGUAGUCAAUGCGAGAGGUGACGAGCGAAUGAACAAGAAUAGCAGUACUACGAGCGGUGAGAAAUGGACGGAGGCGAGCAAUAGUACGAAGAUGAAAAUAGCAAGACCUGGUUAUGCUGUUGAUGUGUGCUUCAAAAGAAAGAGUGCUGUCGAAUAUGACCCCCAAGUUCCUAACCUGGCGGGAAGGAAAAAUGGAAGAACCAUCAGUGGAUAAUGAGAAACUGCAGGACCUAGAAAGAAUAGAAUUAGUGCCUAUAAGUAGUACUUCAGUCUUACUGUCAUUGAGUUUAAGAAAGUCGGAGGAAAACCAAACUUUUAGUUCGUGAAAGCAGUUAGUAAGACAGGCAGGUGGGAGAAUGGAAUCAGGAUUUGGAGAUGCAUAAAACAUCAGCGUAACAGUGACAUUUCAUACCAAAUUUAGAGAAGAUAUUACCAAGUGAAAGGAAAUAAAAAAGUGGCGAGCAGCUAUAACUUAUGAUUGAUUACCAAAGUGCUAUUGCAAGUCCCAAGUUUUUGUUUGUUUACUUUGGUUUUUAAUCUGAUGAAGUCAAAACCUUGGACAGAUUUCAAGAAUUUGUUGUUAUACCCACAUACUAUGGAUCAAGAACAGGAAAUUGUUUAAUUGUUCAAAAUGAUUCAAAUACAACUUACAAUAUACACACACACCUUAUACAAUAUGCACAAUGGAGACGCUGAUAGUUGCAUGACAAACCACAAGAGAAAUAGUAAACUAUUUUAUUGAUAUUUUAUCUGCAUUCUAUGUACAAUUCAGACAGCUGGAAAAGAAAAGAUCACUUUUGAAUACCUGAAAGAUGUGUUCGAAUCCUUUCACAAAGUCACAAUGUAAUGUGUUUUGCAGUAUACAUUUUCCACAAAGCUAAAAAUGACAUAAACAAAGAAUACUGUAAUGGACACAUGAGAUCUGUAUGCCAGUUCCUUGUUUGUUUUUUUUGUUUGUUUUUUCCUAUUAACAGACCACUUUCCCGAAAAAUUAUCAAAUAAUAUAUAUUUUAUUAUUUAAAAAAAAAAAAAAAGAUAGAAAAGGAAUACUUGAA